AUUUGCUUAAUUAACAUUAAAGGUUAAUUAUUAUAUUUAAUAUUUAUCACUGCAAGAUGAUUUGCAGUUUCUAAGUUUUAAUUCAAUGAUGGAUUUUGAAUAUGACAGUUCUCAAACUGUUCUGAAAAACACAGAAAAACUUCUGUUGGAUAAUAUUUUUUUGGAUUUUACUGUCAAGGUUGAUGACGUUUCUUUGCAAUGUCACCGUAUUUUUCUGGCAGCGUCGUCACAUUUCUUCAGAGCACUUUUAAUGACAGACAUGAAGGAGGCUAAAGAGGGUUGUGUAACGAUCAAUGGGAUUUCUCUUAAAACAUUUCAACACAUUUUGAAGUCAAUGUAUACUGGAAAAGUUUCUUUGACGAAAGAUAAUUUUAUAGACAUAUGGCAGGCAGCAGAUCAACUACAGAUAGACUUUAUUGUUACACACUGUGAGGAUUUCGCUACAAAGGCCAUUUCCGUUGAAAACUUUGAAAGCGUUUUGAAUACAGCUAAAGCUUUUAAAUCCGAAAAAGUGUUGAAUGCUUCAAAAUCUUUUAUGUUAAAUAACUUUGGCAUACUUAUGAACGACAAGUCUAUAAUGGAGCUCGUAGUUAAAGAUUUCAAUGAAUUGAUUGAUUCUCGGGAUCUAAAAGUAGAAAACGAAGACUGCGUCAUACAAUCAGUGCUAAAUUGGGUGGAGUAUGAACCAGAAGAAAAAUACAAUGGUGAAAAAGAAGACAUUCUUACUGACAUAAAACAUAACACUUCAAAAGAAAAUAGUUCUAAUAAUGAAUCUGGUAAAAGUCUUACCGCAGUCCAUAAACAAACGUUGAAUAAAAUAAAUCAGAGAACUCAAGCCUUGACAACAUUACUAAAGUCUGUGAGGACGUGUCUUGUGAGUACACCACUUCUUAAAGAUCUGCUUAAUCAGCAAUUGAUAAUCAACAACACUGAAGCUAGAGAUAUUUUGAUUGAUGCUGUAUUGUAUAAGACAACACAUUAUAACCACGGACAAUGGCGAACAAGUGCCAUACAUCGAGCCUGUAGUAUAUUGGAGCAUUACGGUAUUGUGUAUAUAAUAAAUAGUAAAUUUAAUUGUGUAUGUGCAUGUGAAGAUGAGCUUUACCAAUGUGUAAGCUGUAGCGAUAUACCUCUGGACGUAACUUUAGUUGUGUUUGACUCGUAUCUAUACGCUAGUGGUGUUAAAGACGAAUCUCAAACAAACAGCUCUCUGUAUGUUUUUUGUAGAAAUGUUUGGAACAAAAUCACUGAGAUACCAGGACGGCAGUUAAUUUUAGUGCCAUAUGAACAGAGUAUCUUUAUUCUAAGCAAAUGCUCUACUGAAAUAUAUCAAAUAUUCCCUAAAUGGGGUAAACCAAAAGUUAAAGAAUUUACAAAGCUACCAGACACAAUAAAAGUACAACAUGCUACAACUUAUCAGAGGACGAUUCUAAUUUUCAGUUCUGUUACCGUCAACAAUAAGGAGAAAACUGCAGUUCAUCAACUGGACAUUUUAACAAAAAAAUUAACAGAGUUAGAACAAUUGAAUGGACCAGCUGAACAGAUAAUAAGUUUCAGUGAUGACUACAAUACUUACGUUUUACAAACUGUUGGAGAUUUGUGUGUUAUAAGCUAUUCAGUUCAAAAAUUCACAUUCAAAUUGUUGGGAAGGUUAUGGGCUAUUAAGAGAAAGUUGUACGGUGCAAUGACAUACAAGAAACAGUUGACUAUCUUUGGUUCUGACCCCAACGAAGAGCCUGCUGAACAAAAACUGCUGUAUUCGUUUAAAGAGUACUUUAACUGUAUAAUAUACUGGGGAAUUGAUAAACCAUGUUCAAAUUUUAUACCAGCUACUCUACCGAAAGAUGGAAUGGUGCCUUUCUGAAAAUAAGUACCAAGUAAUGUUAUGAAUGGUUAUUGCGUUUUGGAAAGAGUUUGGGAGUGAGGUUAAGGGCUGUGUUUUUUAGGGUGGGUAAAGUUAUUUAGUUAUUUUUUUUUACGUUACAAAAGAUUAACAUUUUUACUUUUCUUAUAUUAGAACUGGAUACAUUUGGACUAAACAAAUAGCACAUUGAUCAGGUGUAAUUUAAGUAAAUAUUGCUUUUUUUAGGUGCAGCUGACCCUAAACCUACUUAGAGAUGAACAUUAUUUUUUAGUGCUUUCAACACAGGUAUAAUAUUUUUAAAAUAAAGAUUAAAAUAUUCCAGGCUGUAAACUGGAAUAAUGUAAAGAAAAACAAAAUACUCGAUCAUUGAUACUUUCAACUGGUCAACAUUCAUAGGACAAAAGGAAUAUUAAUGGCAUUCUCAGAAUUUUACGUUAAAGAGAAGCGUCUACGUGUUGGGAUUAUUAGUUGGCUGUCGUACAGCUGCUGUAGAGACAUGCGCACAACAGCGAGAGGCGACAAUAGAAAAUUUGUAGUCGCUCUAAAUAAUCAUUUAACACUUCAUGGAGGAGCGGUCCAGUGUGGGAAUGAUGGCUAAUUGUGAUGUAACAAUACUUAUUAAGUAGACCAACGCCAAAAGAAUCUAUGUAUGUUUAGGUUUUUUUCAUUUUUUUUAUUUAAAUAUCUAAUUUAUCAGGAUAGUUUUAUAUUGCUUUGAUAUAUUUUGUCUUUUUUUUCAGUUUUAUUUUUAUUUUUAAGUGGUUAGCUUUAAAUAUAUUUUUUACUAAGAGCAGGUUAUAUUUUAAAUUUAUUUUAUCUCCUAUUGUUGGUAAUUGAAAAUAGCGUUUAAAAUGUUUAUACUGGUGAUGCGAAUGAUUAAUUUUUUUGAAAAAAAAGAAGUGUUUUUGGGUUAAUUCGUUUUAUUGGGAUUGUAUAGAGUUGGAUCAGUAGCGGAACUAAAAUAAAGGGGCAGAGUGGUGACUCCAAAUCGUAAAUAUAAAAUUGUUAAAGAGGGGUCGAGGCGAUAUCCUUAGUUACUAUAUCGGAUAAACCCGAGCUUGUCAUUGCAUUUUGAAAUUUUUAAUCAAUUAUACUUUGUUUUAUACUUUGUUUUAUACUUUUA